ACUAAAGACUGUCAUAUGAUCAAAUUUUCACGAGAUUAUUGGGUUAGGACCAAAAGUCAUUAAAAUUUUACUAAAACUUAAUAAUAAUUCCACUUUACUAAAUGAAUAAUAACAUAAUUAAAAUGUUAAAAUUAAUUUUAUUAACUCUGUGUACACUAGCAUCCGUUUAUGCUGAUGGAGAUUUUGUAAUAUUACACAGUCCAGAAACAGUUCACUUCAAAGGUACGGAUCCAUUAAAUCAGACCCUCUUGAAAGAAGUAUUUACAGGUGUCUUAGGAUACACUGUUAAAAAAUACGAUAAUUGGCAAGGAGUUGAGAUAACAGAUCCAUUCAGUCCACCUGAAGCAGUAGUCAGCAUAGCAAUUGAAGGUGUUGAGUCUCUAGAUUCACCACGUGGCCAACGAUUCCCAUUGAUCGUCGACGAGGUUGAAGAGACCACUUGGCAAGCAGUAAGUCGUCGGCUUGGAGAACGGGAUAAUAACAAUACUUUAGUAAGAAUUUGUGUCGGAGAUGGUGUAAAUGCUCUGGGGCAAUCAGCGCUAGGAGAAUUAAAGCCAAAUGCCAUUGACGAGUCUACAAUUAAAUUCUUGGAUCUAAAGCUUGACGAGGACCGUAAAUUUAUUGAAGAAAUUCAACUCCUCCGUGCUAUCGCUCAAAAAGUUCCCUCAACUGUCACCGCAAAUUCAAAACCUGACAUUUACUGGCUGGUAGUGUCCGGUCUCCAACCGGUGAUUGAAUUGCAUGGAAAAACUUCUCGAGCUGCUCAAGAAGCUUUAAAUUUAUUAAACAGCGUCCUCGAUGACGUAUCAAACGCUUUCAUUGACGUCUACAACGGUAAUGUUGUAAUUGCUGUCUUUACGAAUGAUGCUAACAAAGUCAGAAACACCAGAUCAAUUGAUAAUUUACGAGUCCGCCGUGCAGAGCCGACACCUGAUAGCUCAGCAAGUUCAGAGAAACCUAGAGAUUCUACUUCUUCAUCAGCACCCAUAUCGAACGAGGAUAUCAAGGAUGAUAAAUUAAGUACCGAAGAACCGGAAAUGAGUAUAGGCGUAAGUGAAAUUACUAACCCAACUUUAGGUCCUACUGAAUUAAAUACUAACACAAAUGAACAUGAUAAUGAUAAUAUUAAAUCCUCGGAUGAAUUGAACCACCGGCACGAGGUUCAAUCAAUGACUGGUCAAGUUGAUAAACCAGUUGAGUUGAAAGACGCAAAUCUAGCUAAAAAAUACUCAGCCAACUAUCCUGUUAUCUUCAAUAUUUUUCUUUGGUUCAGUGUCAUCUUUGUCUUUUCUCUCAUUGCCAUUUGCAUUGCGAUCGCGGAUAUGGAUCCCGGGCGCGAUUCAAUAAUUUACAGAAUGACUUCCAACAGAAUGAAGAAGGAUAAUUAAUCAUACAUAAGAUUACUAUUUAAAGCUAUUAAGUAAAUAUUUAAAGAGAUAAAUUUUUCGUUAUCAUUUGAAAUACGUUUUAAAACGUUAAAGAAUUAGAUAAACUUAUUUUUAAUUAUAAUUCCACUGUAUGUUGAGUGAUUUGUGCGUGCUAGACCAGAGUAUCUUGUAUAAUAAUUGUAUAAUUACGCUCUAGCAAUGUACCUAAUCCAGUAUUUAUCAACGUCAUAUACAUACACACAAUUGUAAAAAACAAAAUAAUUAUCAUUAUAAGUUGUAUAAAAUAUUAAUAACCGUGAAUUUAUUCAAAUAGAUUUUAUUGUAAUAGAUAUUCAAGGAUUUAAAAAUAUAAAUAUAUAUAAUAAUAGUUUUAAAAUAA